UAACAAGAGCAUUAGAACAGUUAUACCUUCUGAAGGCACUCGAUAAUAAAGGCAUAAUAACAGAUCUUGGUAGAAGAAUGGCUGAGUUUCCUCUUGAACCUGCUUUCGCAAGAGUUUUAUUGAUGUCAAAAGAAUUGGCUUGUACACGAGAGGCAAUCUCUAUUAUUUCACUUCUCUCUGUUGACUCAAUUUUCUUUACGCCACAAGAUAAACGUGAUCAAGCUACCGAAUCCAAGAAAAAGUUCGCAUCACCACUCGGUGAUUUGAUUACCUUGUUGAAUGUAUUGCAUGGAUAUCAAGAUCAAAAUGGGAAUACACAAUGGUGUCGACAAAACUUUAUAAAUAAACGUAAUAUGAAAAUUGUUAUGGAUGUACAAAAUCAACUCAUACACUUAUGUGAUCGAAUUGGUAUCUCGAAUACAGUUUCCUGCGGAAUCGAUUAUGAUCGAUUAAUAAGAUGCCUUUUAAGCGGUUUCAUUCGUAAUACAGCAAUAUUACAGCCUAACAAUACAUACAAGACGAUAAUUGGCAAUCAGGCAAUGAUGUGCAACAAAAAAGUUGAAGCUGUCAUGUAUACCGAGUUGGUGCUGACAUCUAGACCUUAUAUGAAAUAUGUGACUUUAGUUCAAACUAAUUGGCUACAAGAAAUGAUGUCUUCAUCGUAUUCUUCUAAUUUGGAAUCUUAG